AUGGCCCAUAACUCUGAUUUAGGGUUGACUGAGGGUUUUCCUGGGUCUCAAGAUGGCACUGAAGUCUCUCUUCAGCAACAGGACUGGUAUGAGGCUUGGAAUGCAGAGCCAGGCUUUGAGAGCAGAAAAGCUGCACCCGAGAUCACACCAGAGCAGGCAAAUGGGAAUGCGAGGACCUUCUUAGUGACUGAGGAGGGCCAAGUAGAGGGUGCUGAUAGACAUGUCCGUUUGAAAGAGGCAGGACCCGACUUACAUCCGCCAGAGGAAGGACUUCGCGCUGACGAGGAAGAAGUGGACGAAAGCGUGCAAGAGGAAGUGAUCAAGGACAAGUACUGGAUGCAGGCUCCUCAGGACGAGGAUGAGAGCGCGCGCGCGCCCACGCCCGUCGACCUCGGCUUCCCGUUCCCUCCGUCCCUUAAGCUCGACCUUGUGCGUAUCCUCACCCGCGCCAAAGCCGCGACCGACCACGCCAUGCUCAUCAAAACAGGGAGCUUCAGUCACGAAGGCCUUGCUUCUCAGACCGCACCUCUAGAACCUGCUUUGCGGGGCAGUGCCCCGACCACUGCAGGGCCUCCAGCGCAGAGAAACGGGAGGAAGAAAAGGAACACCAAGAAGGAAAGGGGUCAGAAAAUACCAGUUAACGAAACCAAACGGAAACGGGCAGGGGAAGGAGUCGAGAAGAACGGCCGGAGAGGUCGUCGGUUCCCUGUAGUAACUUGUAAGCCUGGAGUAAAACCCAAAACAAUGGUGCUGCCACCUGAGAUGCCAUCAGACCGGGCUUUCCAGAACGGAUCGGGUCACUUUGCCACCGUCGAUCCGUCCUGGGAGCUCUACAGACGCCAACCAGUUCGCGCCGAGUUUCCCCGCAGCACACCGGACCUUCCGGUGCUGUCCUUGGGCGGAAUGUUGGAAGACGCAGCGGGAGCGGAACGGGCCUACACCGCCUUAGACGACAUCUUCAAGGAAGCAGAGCUGCGAGAGCUUGUCGAGCAGGUGACCGGAGGAGGGAACCGGGGACAAGGGAGACCGAGGGGUUUGUCUGAGGGGUUUGGAGUCUCGCGCGAGGGGUUUGGUGUCUCGCGUGGGUCCUUUUCGGCGGAGAUACGGGCCGCGCAAGCAGGCGAAGGAUUCACGGAGGAGUUUCCUUCAAGCGAGACGCCGGGUUCGGGAGAAGACACUGUGGAAAACGUUGCCGCGGGCGCGCUAGAAAUGGCACCGCGCGCGGUUCGCGACUUCGUUACUCAGGCCCUGUAUGGACAGCACAGUCAGCCCGAGGAAGAAGACCUUGAUGCCACACCUUCUACGCGGCCGGUACUCGAAGGAGCACCGUCGGCAGCCGAAGCUCCCCAAGGAGCCCCAGUACACUUUCCCCCGAAGAGCUCUCCUCGGCAACCAAUAGCCACAUCCGAAGCUGCUGAUGCGUCGCCCAGAACCGCAGUCGCACCUCAGAGGCCCACCUCUGAGCGCGCGCAUCGGGGCGCGGGGAUAGAUGGCGGCGCAGAGUCAAUGGAUCCGGUUCAGGAGAUGCACCUACGUAUGCCACGUGACUUCUUGUCACUGGCUAACGAUGUCUACGCGAUGGAGAGGAGGGGCUCAUCCACCUUCCCUAGCACGCGCCUCGCGCGCGCGCCACAACACGCCCUCAUAACCCCACAGCCCGUCCACUUCUCAGAGUGGUUCCCAGAAAACCCGCAGCCAUUUCGCCCCGAGCACUACCAAAACCUUCAAACCCCACGGGCGGCCUUCCAGCCGCCGCGGCAGAAGCUUCAGCCGCGUCGGGCGGCGAAUCGCCAAGCCCCAAACCUUUACGAAGAAGCGCCCAACUUCAUCCGCAGACAGGCGAGAGCGGGCCCAGAUGCGGACGACGGCUUUGAGAACCAGUUCGGCGCGUCCGUUGCGUACGCGCAAGAAGAAGACCGGUUCUACGGUCAAGAAGCAAUCGUCGCAGCGGCGCGCGCGCGCGCCCUCGAACGGCACGCUCGCAAUUGGGCCCUGUGGUACGAUCCCGAAACAGACCGUCCAACGGGCCGCCAGAACGGAUCUCGAACGAGCCCGGCAGGGAGGACCGCGGCGACGGAAUGGGACGCGCGCGGGGGCGGACAGUCGCCGGGAGUGAGGGGGCCGCGCGCCUCUAGACCUGGCAGUCGCGGUAUUUUUGCAGAGGACGAUGUGCACAUGAACGACAGGCUGCAGGAGGAGCAGUUUCGGGCAGCCGAGACAAAUCAAAGGUGUCCCGUCGAGCGUUUUUCCGACCCUGCCUACGUCAGCAGAACAGCGACCACCGCGGAAGCGCUCCUCGGGCUCAGCCUCGACCUCCUCACGGAAGAAGGGCGGCCGCACGCGGCCGCGGCCGCGCUUAGCUUCGACCCCUACCAAACCCCGGGAAGUUACCCAAACUCAGGCGGCGCGGGAGGGGCGCAGGGGUUUGGAGGAGAGAGUCGGGGUUUGGAGGUUUGGCAAACGCGGCAUGGGCUCGCGCCCGCAUUCCAGUCCUUAGGCGGCGCGGCCGCGGACCGCGGCCUAGGGCGGCUUGAGAUCGCGUUUUCGGAAGAGGCAAACGAGCGCGCGCGCGCUGUGCCGUGGUACCCGGGCGCCGCCGGCGAAGCGCUCGGCGGUCGGCCACGCGAGGAAGGCAUGGUCCGCAGGGUGCAGAGAGUGGUCACACCGGUCCCAAACCCAUUCCCACCACGGCAGGGGCCAAUCAGGCCCACACCGAGCGUAUUCACACCCGGUCGAGGCAACCAAACCCGCCCCCUUUCUCCGGAGUCCGAGUGGAGCCGAGGCGCCUUUCCAUUGGAUCUUCAGGGCGCAUUAGCGGCCGCGGCCAGGUGGCUGCCCGAGGGCGCAUUCCCACCGGAGCGCUUGGGAGGGACCUGGACUUCCACGCCGACGGUGUUAACACCCGCGGAAAGCUGGGCCGGGGGUUGGCUUAAUCAGGAGGAGAGCGCAUUCUCACCGGUCGUGAGCCAAGAGGGCAGCCACGAGUACGUGGGCUGGGGCCCUGGCCAACCGUGGGAUGCCACGUGGCAAGCGCAGGUUAACGAGGGCCCCGUUUCGGAGGAAGACGAGCCGUUGAUUUUGCGGUGCCGCUCGACUGAUACUGGAUCGAAGCGGAAGCGGGACGCGCCUGCACAUGAGAGGAGGACACGUGGCCGGCAGGGGAGCACGGGGGCAUCCAAGCGGCGCGAAAGUAAAGAGAGAGAUAAGCAGCAGGUUGAAUGCGGGCACAAUCAGCAAGAAGCAAGCAAGGGGGCGAAGAAAAAGCGGGAAAGAAAGGGGGGGGGCAGACAAGCAGUAUCGUCGAAGAGGGGACGAACGGGCGCAGAAUUUGGAAGCGCCGACGAGCCGCCGCUCGCGGACGGCGGCGCGCGCGACACAGAGAGCGCGCAGGGUUUGGAGGCUUUGCUCCAGUCAGAGGGGCCGUCCUUUCUUCCGCCGGACUUUCUGACAGACUUGGACGGCCUGGAUGCAAAUCUGGAGGUGAGACUGGGGCGAGUGAUAAUGGCGACUCCGGAAGUCGGAUUGAAUCUGCCCGUUGAAGAGGGGCGGCCGGAGAAUGCGAGAGCGGCGGGGGGUGUGAAAAGGCGCAAGGCACCGAGGGGAGAACAUUCGGCGCAGGAUACAAGGGGGUCCAGUCGGCAGAGAGAAACUAGGGGCGGGGAUGGGAGGGCAUUGGCGCCGGGGGUCUUAGCCGUACUGAACGCUUGGUUCCACGAUCACUUCAAGAACCCGUACCCCACCGACGAGGAGAAAGCAGAGCUGGCCGCGCAAUGCAACCUCCAGGUCAAACAGAUCAACAACUGGUUCGGCAACAAGCGGAUGCGCCUCAAGCGCACCAUCAUGCAGACGCUCGAGACGCGAGUCCCCCCCGGCGCUUCCGUUUCCGCGGCGGAACACCGUUCCGGCGCGCCCCCAACCCUGCCCCGUCCGACCCCACUGCCGACCCCGACCCCGGAACGCGGUGCGCAAAGUCCGCCGGCGGAAGCGCUAGAGCUUUCUCGCGUCAGAAGGGGAAGCGGGUCGCGGUCUUCUGGGAAGCGGACGAGGUGGGACGGCGACCGAAGUCCCAUUAGACAUGCGCUUCGGUCGCCGGAAAGCGGAGGUGAUCCCGCGGCGUACAGCAUGUUUGAGGCGCUGCUCGAGUCGGUACGGCUAGGGGAUCUCGCGCAGGGGCGCCCGCAGGAGGCGCCGGAGGCGGUAGAGGGGCUGCACGACCCAACUGAGGCGCGGACCCCGACCGGUGACGAAGAACACUGGGCAGCAGCGGAGCGUUCUGGUCAUGUUUCGGGUGUUUUCCGGCGGAAUCUGACAGCGGAAGCAGUGGCCAUGAGAGACGCCGAGACGGAAACGGCGUGGGGUGGCUUCUCAGAAGCGGUUCCGGCGCUAGAGGAAGAAAUGGAGACGGAAGCGGAACGGCGGGCUGAGGCGGACGGUGCGGUCGAGGUUCCGCCGCUGGACUGUCAGGACGGAGUUCCGUCUCAGGAGCGGAACGAAACGCUGCAGCGGAUGCAGUCUCAGAAGGAGGCGAUGGAGCGAGCAUACGAAAGCUGCUUUGGGGCCGCAUCUGGCGGCUUGGAAGUUUCUGUGGUUGACGCUCCAACGUCCGAAGCACCUGGGGCUUCCGCCGCUCCGCCUCCGCAAUGUGAUCCUCCGCUCGCCGCGGAAACGGACACGCAAGAAGACCGUAACGAAGAGGCGGGCCCACAACAUUCCACGAGCCCGGAACCUGGUGACACGUGGCACGAGGCCCCGCCAGGCGACGCCAGAGUUGCUGAGCCGGAAAGCGGCGCUGAGCCGAGGACACCAGAAGGCAGCGCGGGCUGUCCGCCAGAGGCGGAAGGAGCUAUGGUGUCAAGAGAAUCCCCGCAGACAACGAGAAGUGCUCAAACCCCAGAAGAGCAGGGCAUUACUGAAGCGAACGUGGCAACGCCUGCAGCGGAGAGAACGGUUUUCGAGUCCCUAGAGUCCUUCUUCCAGUAG